GUGAAACUCCUCGUCUCGCGUGGUGCGAACCCAGAAAUUACAUGCCAAGAACAAAGCCUUUGGGACGACGGCUACACUCCCCUUCAAGCGAUAGCAGUAUUAGGGUAUGCCGAGAUUAUGCGGGAUCUCCUCGAGGGUGGUGCCAAUACGAAGUCAAAGACUCCAAAGGGCUCAACGCCAUUGAUGCUAGCCGUCAGUAAUGAAAAGGAGGAAUGUGUGAAAGCACUACUAGAAUACGAUCCGGACCUAGAAGCUGUCAACGAGUCCAAAGACACAGCUCUUCAUACCUCUACUGCAACCACACAAUUAUCUAUCAUCAAGUUGUUAGUCAACCGCGGCGCGAACAUAGAGCAUCGC